CUCAAGCUAGCUAACAAAAUGGCUGCGCACUUUGUAGAGAUGACAUCAUCCAGUUGGGAGGGCACACUGUUCGUUUUUGUAGGGAUGCCAACAUGUUUUAAUUAAAGACAUUUACUUAAUAGUUUGACUUCAGGUCAUCAGAUCGUCAGCUAACUUUUUAUAAACCUGAUUAUAGGAUUAUGCAGUUAACCUAAUUUAUCUUUUUGUGUUUCAUUACUUGCGAUGGGCAAAGUUUAAAGAUCGUGGUUUACCCUUUAAAAUCUAACCAUUACGAUUCACCCUAAGAGCGCAAACAAAAGGUGCGCACUGAGAAAUCCUGUUGAGGAAUAUUUGUAUUUAAUACAGAUUUAAUACCGUGCCAACAUGGGCCGUUGUAAAUUAGUUGAAUCAAUCUUUAUGUUGCUAUUUAGUUUACAUUUUUUGAGAUUUUAAUAAGAUAGAAUUAUGCUGAAAUAUGAUUGAUAUGUAAGAGGCCUGAAAUUAUAUUUGUUCAAAAUGUAUAAUAAGAUGAGAAUCCAACACCUAACUGACCCACCAGUGUUACAGCUAUUACAUAUUUGUUCUGUGUAGCCAAAUCUUGUUCUUACCCACAUAACUUUAUAUAACAUUUUAGAGGCCAAUGUUUCCAGAAAUACCAACCAUUGUGGGAUGAAUUCUAGGGAGAUGUGUCUAAAAUGAUACAAGGAAAUAAAAACAUUUGUAUUUGAUGGAAUGGUGCAGCCAUAAAAAACAUUGGUGACAGUUUGGUUUGGAAAUUUCACUCCCUGUAAACAUAUAAUUUCAAUGAAGAGCUGGAACUAAGUGAAUAUAUGUGAGACAUGUAACCAUUUUAAAGCUACUCAAAGUAAAAUAAAAGGGCACGACUGGAUGUAGGGAUGAAUUCAGAUCAUCACAAAUCCUUUAAACACAAAAUCUAUGGCGUAAAAGAGGUUCUACAACUGCCUUAAAACCUGUUUUUCACACAUGCUGGAGACAGUGAUCAUUCUUUGGGUCUGUUUUGUCACUUACCUUUAACACGUCAAAGCAAACACACCUGUGUUUUUUCCUCCUCUGCCGAGACAUCAGCCCACUAACCUACAAAUAGGCGAGGGUCUGACUGCCCAAGUGCGCAUCAGUGAAAGCAACAUGGAACAGAUAAGAUUCGGCAUCUUACUUAAAACUAUUGUUUUACAAUGUUUUAUCACGAGGAGUGUGCUUUCCAUUCAGAAAAGAGAAUGGAUUGAUACCCCAACAGCAAGAUUAACAGAAGGAGAUGUGGUAUGUUUUUCUGAUUACAUGGAGAUGUGGAUACACAGUGUGAGGAUUGAAGGUCUGGGGCUCUGGCUGUCUGGGGCCUUAAACAUCCAAGUCAACAUGGCUUCUCUGGAUCACCUAAACCUCCAGCUGUCUGCCUGUGCAUUCUCACUGCACAAAGACCCUGACAAGAACUUUAUUUUUAGAGUCAGUUACACUGGAUGUUUUGUCCAGCAACAGCAUGGCUACCAUGUCCUCACACUGAAUUUGGUGAAGAGGAUAAACCGAUUCGGAGGCCGACCUCAUAGUUUCAUGAUGAAGUGUCCUCUGGUUUCUGUACUGCCCAGCAGAGAGCAAAUUCAGUGUGACCCGGAGUAUAUUCAGGUGACCAGACAAGUUCCCUAUGACAACUGGGACAAUGAGCUGCAGUGGUCGCUGUCUCUGAGCGAUCACCUUAUCGUAGCUCUGGAGGAUGCCAGCUUGAUCCAGAUGAACAUUGGCAUGAGCGGACCAGACAUUACAGUUCAAGGCAGGAGAAGGGAAGUCUUGAGCCCUGUCAAAGUGAUGGAAAAUGAAGGAAACUUCUUGGCCUUGAAGCUGGUCAGUGGUCAGUAUGCCUACAGUAUGGAAGCUACGUGUCCAAAAGUGACCACGUCCACAGCAGAGAAGACUGUGCUGCACAUUUUCAAACGUCGUAUGGGUUUGACCAAGCGAGGCAGCCGGGACAACGAAGCACUGACUGUCAGUAAUGUGUCGGUGAACCAGACGGAUAAUUUCACUGCGCAUGAGACGAGUGCAUUUGUGACACUGAUCAUUCCUACAGCCCAAAUACUGCAGACCAAGACCUGCGCAGGCAGCAAACGACUCCUGCAGCCUUUCUACAGGGUGGAUGUUGUGCUCACCUUCAAACAGACAAAUCACAAAAUGCAGUGGACCAUGGAGAACACACUGCCAUGCACAGCGAUUCCUGCCGCAUCACACAUCACAUCCUCUCCUGGUCCAAACACCACAGCCUCGUCCACGCUCAACUUUAAACACGAGAGUUUAACUACAGAGCAGCCGCUGUUGGACCGCCUACACCAGAGAGCUCCAUUAGAAGAGAUGACUGCAGAGUUUCCCACAACUAAUUCACCUCACACACAGACCUGAAGCCAGCAGCUUUAAUUUCCACACUGAUGAGAUGUCAAACAGUCAAAGUGGAAAUGUAUCUUCCGGUUUUGACGGAGACACCAUUACUUCCACUAAUGCCACUGAAAUAAGCCUUUUUGAUUUUCUAAAUGUGACCAUUAAUACUUCAGCAGAGCCACAUUUCCUUCAGUCAUCCGCCACAGCCCAACCAUCAGAAGCCACAACGGCUCCACCUGAACUAGAAUACCAACAAUUGAACACAUCCCAUGGGAAUAAAAAAAAGCAGAGAAGACUGAAGUGGAUCUGGGAGGAUUAGAGACCUGACAGACACAACAUUAUCUAUUGUACCUCCAUAAUACAACCUGCAUGUACCAGCUGACAGCAUGUAAAACUUCAACAAAAUUCAUAUCAGAAAAGUGAAGGACUCAUGUUGUUAAAUUCAAACACCAUGUUUCCAUCACUAAAUACGUUAUAUAGAUUAAUACCUUUAAUUUCCUUGGUUUUGUGUUAUAAAAGUCACACUAGACUACGAAUAUAUUCCAACGUUGUGACAACUAUCGCUUUUAGGCCUCUUGAUUCUUAGGAUGUCAUUCAUUGGUGCUGCGUGUCUGUUUGCAGUCGUGAAAGGUGAUGCUGUGGUCAUUCAGCGCUGUGAAGGUUGAUUAUACAAGCAGAAAUACAGCCAGAUCUCUGCCAGCCGUUGCCUGAGGGUGGACAUUAUCCAGACGCAGACAAGGCAGGCGUUAAAUAAACAUGUCUGUACCCGAGCUGCACAACAGGCUGACGUAGAGAAGAGCCUGCUGUUGUUUCAGCUGAUGCCACCUUCCAGGGAAGGAGCUCAUAAUAAAGACUUGAUUUUCAACACACACUAUCUGCUCGACGGUGAUUCAUCUCAGACUUUCAGAGGGUUUUUGUUUCUGAAGGGUGAAA